GUGCUGUGGGUCAAACUGUGAUCUAUCCUUUCACGUCUACCUGUGCUGUCAGAGGGUCCACUGUCACCCUCCCCUGCACCUUCACACCUCGGAAGUCUUUCAAUGAUGGUUGGAGAGAAGUUCCUCUAAAGAUCGUCAGAGUCCGCUGGUGUAAGAACCAUGCGAUCUGUCAGGACAGCACUCCAUCUGUGUAUGACAGUAACCCAGCAAACAUCGAUCCUCGUUAUCAAUAUCUGGGAGACAAGAAGACAAACUGCACUUUACAGAUCAGAGAUGUUCAGCAGAGAGACAAAACAAGCUUUCGCUUCAGGAUGGAAGCUGAUCAUCAUAAAGGACAUUUUACUAACCAGACAGGAGUGAAUGUCACGGUUGUUGAUUCGUCUAAAAUGAGAAUAAUCAGCUCCAGUGAUGAUAAAAAGGUGAGCAGAGGUGAAACCGUCACACUGCUCUGUGCUUCAGUCUGCACUUUCCACCAACUGGAGGUCACCUGGUUCAAAGAUGGCCACGCCCUCUCAGACACUGGCCCCUCCCUCCAUCUCAGCCCUCUGACUGCAGAGGAUUCUGGGAACUACACCUGUGCUCUGAAGAAGAGCAUGGAGACUCUCUCUGAGCCGUACAGCCUGCAGGUGGAGGCUGGAGCUGAUGGUGUCCUUCGGCUGGUACUUGGUGUGGUGUUUGGUCUCCUGCUGGCUGUGAUCCUGCUCGUACUCUUCACCUUCAUCAUCAAAAGGAAGCUGGCAGCAGCAGAGGAUCAGAGGGCUGUGGGAGGUGAUCCAGAGCAGAAGCAUCCUGAUAGCAUCUACAGCAACAUGGUGAAGUCUGCACAAACUGAGGCGGCUCAGCAGCAGGAACCCGGCCGAGCCGCGGAGGACGUCAGCUACGCCUCCCUCCAGUUCAAACAGAAGAAACAGGAGGGCAGGCGCCUGCAGGCGGCCAGCGAUGACGUCGUCUAUUCCUCAGUGUCCAGUCGAGGAUGAAUCGCAGCUCUCUCACUCCCUCCAUCCACCAAUCAGCUGCAGGAAGCUGUGAGCUGUGGCAGUUUGUGUAAAUCUGUUUGAUGAAGCUGCGGCUCAACUCUGACUUUAUACAGAACUAUUAAAAAACUUCAGAGAGAUGAACCGAAGGUGUAUCUGCAGCUCUGUGGUGCUGCAUGUGUGCUGUAAGGUGGAGGAAGUCAUGAAUGCAGCUCAGUCCAAACUGGAACGCUGUCCAUAUCAGGAAUAACUCACAAUCGAAUUAUUUGUUUCUGGGCCAUGAUCUGCUCCACACUCUCUCUGUUAUUCCACUUCAUUUUUUUCUCAGUCAUCUGGAAGCUGGUUUGAAACUCGAGUCUGAGUGAAGGACCCAGCACACUUCUUCUUACAGCGCUCAUUAAACCAGGCCGAGGAAAAAUGCAACAAUGCAGACUUUAUACUCUUCAGAGUCUGAGCUGCUUUUCUCUGAUCAGGUUGUUCUGAGAACAAAAGCUAAAACUUUGCUUUGUGGGGUUCAUUUCCAUACUUCUUCUGCUUUACUCGAGCACUUUAAGCACUUUACACAACACGCCUGAUUCACCCUUUCAUGAAAGCACUUUGUCUGCAUUCACACACGUUCAGCCGUCCACGCAGACGCCGCAUAUGCAGAAAUGGAAAUGGAAUAACCGGCUUGUCUUUACCCUGUCAUGGCUGCCAGAGCUGCACGAGUCCACUUUCUAAUACCUGCACUGGCUCAGUGAAAUUAGCAACACAUUAAGACUUCCUCAGAUGUUUUGCAGCUUGAUUGCAGAACGUCAGAGGAGGAAGUAGUUCUCCUGUUAUUUUCAGGUAUCAUUUAGUCUAUUUUUAAAUGAUCCAAAAGCCGUACGAGCCUGCGGUGGUCUCGGUUUCACUGUUAGAGCCGCCUCGCUCCAUCUCGAGUCAAAAUACCAAAACAGAGUCUUAAAAACAUGAACCUGCGGCGUCACGACGGGCCUUUGGACAUCUUCUAUAUACAGUCUGUGUUUCAGUGUCACGACUUCUGUUUUAGUCCAAAAUGUUUUGUUUGUUAUGAACACAUUACUUUAUUAAAAAUAACUUUCAUUUUUCUUCUAUGUUAAUUGCAAUAAAAAUAAUGAUUU